AUGGCGGCUUAUUGUGUGAGGGGCGCAAUGUUGCAUGCCCCCGGGGUUCCUUUCCAUGCAGCUGUUUACUCAAGGAUAGAAAUCUUUGAAAAGGCUUGUUCUCCAACAUAUCGAGGACAAGACAAUUGUCAGGGUGAGGAGAAGAGUGCAGGAAUAUUAGACAGCUUCGGCAUCACUCGUGCAUCUGACAUCUCUUCCGACGACGAGGCUGCGACCCUCGUGCUCACUUUUCCAGAGCCAUGCAUCAAUGUUCCAAGGUUCGCUAUCUCUCUUAUCGCGAAACUUGAUCACAUUUCCCUUUCCAAGGUUGCAAGGCUCCAGAAAGUGGCUGGCGAACUGGCCCAUAUCGCCGUCAAAUUUUCCGAUGGGAAGAUCGGUGUCCGGGGUUUGAGGAUUCACUCCAAGUUCAUGUUAGAGAGGCUGGGCGAAUCAUGUCAGUCUGAAUUUUUAGUUGAGGGCUACGAUUUAUUGUACUACAUAUCCAAGAGAUUUAACAGAUGGAUUCAUUCCGAGUCAUGUUCCACGUUAAGCGCAGACUUCUUCCUAAAUCAUCUCUCUGUUCCCUUACAGGUGACAAGACGCAGUAGUUCACGACGAUCACAUCUCCUUCCAUAUGCACCAGACUGUUUUGCUCGUAGUCUACACUCAAUCACUCUUCAAAUAACUCCAUUGACUGGACGGGCUGCAGAUGGAGCCAAGAUCCGCAGUUGCGAUGACCAAGAGAUUAUUCCUUCCUAUGAGGCAAACGGCGAUUAUCUCAUCCUCAACGACGGAGAAACCAAUAAGGAAGCACCUCCAUCCAAGACCGGCCUUGUUCUUCUCGUUGAGGUCUUUUAUUCAAGAAACUCGCUGUGUUUCUAUGCCUCAGGUGUCUCUCUACGAGAAGCGGAGACUGUUAACAUCGUUACCUGCCUGCUGUUUUUCCAGGUCAAGUUCGAGAGCCAUGCAGAUAUGAGCUUGCAUCUAAUUGAAGGCUCUUCGGCGUGGAGUGAGUUUCAAUUGGCCCGCGCUGUGAUCCUCCAAGUUGGGAGUGUCUACCUCACUUAUCACGCCUUUAUAAAGGUUCUGUCGGUCCACAACGUGUAUAUUGGUUGCUUAAUUGAUGGCGGACAAGAUGAAGUUUCCUUCGCAGAAAUAGACACGAGACUCGCGUUUCUCAUUUCGGCGGCCGUAACUGAGCAAUUGACGCCAAAAGAUGCAAUUGGGCGUAAUAAAUUGAUGCUAAAGAGCAGUAUUUACAAGGAUUCAGUAUUUACAAAGAUUGAAGUAGACCAAUACUUCUUUCUCGAAGAACUUGGAGAUAAGGGACUCCCGAACUUCGAGUCAUCGAGAAGGCAUUAUGAAACCUACGCACCAUUUCAUGCGGGACAUCUUGAGAUGGUUCGCCAUGUAAGUAGAGAGACUUUGAGGCAACCACUGACUAGAGAUACACACAUCAGGGAGCACACCGAACAAUGCAUUGUAGAUCUCAAUGAACGAUUUCAUAUUCUGAUCGGUGUGUAUAAAGACACAUUUGCUGUGCGUCUUGGAUAUGGUUUCAUACCAGUAAUUGGACCGUCUAAUUUCACCAUCUACCUUUGA